AUGCCACCGCGCAAGUCCACCUCAUCCGUCACACCCGCUGACCCAGACGAGUCAACGCAGUUGUCCCCAACCCAGCAGCAGCCUGAAAAGAACAUCACGGCAACAGAACAGCAGCUCAAGGCGCGCGCGGAGCUGGGUGUCAGCGUUGAGGACUACCUGCUGCCGCGCUCGCUGACGAUACGACUGGCUAAAGCGGCGCUGCCGCCGAACACGACUAUCCAGAAGGAUGCCGUGCUGGCUAUUCAGAAGGCAGCGACGGUGUUUGUGUCGUAUCUCUCGUCUCAUGCCAACGAAUCUACCCUCAAACGCACCGUCGCACCGGCAGACGUGCUAGCCGCGCUCUCGGAGCUAGAAUUCGACUCUUUCCGUCCGCGUCUCGAGCAGGAACUCGAAGCGUACAUGCAGAGCAAAGCCGACAAGCGGAAGCCGAAGAAAACCGAGGGAGAAGAAGGGGCGGCCGAGGGCGCGGCUGCGACGUCUACUGAGACUGGCGUUGCGGGGGCUGCGCCUGUUCGGGACGACGGGGACGUGGAGAUGGAGGAUAACCCUGCCAAGCGGGUGAAGAGAGAUGAAGGGGAUGGUGUUGCGGGGCAGGGUGUUGUUGAUGAGGAUGAGACGCAGGAGGAGGAAUUAGAAGAUGAGGACGAAGAAGAGGAAGAGGAGGAGGAGCAAGAGGAAGAUGAAGGGGAGGAGCGGGCUGAGGGACGUGGACACGAGGAUGAUAUUGAUCACGUCGAGGAUCUAGAUCGGGAUCCGCGCCAGCGUGGGAUGAUGGAUCCUGAUGCUGAUGAGACGGAUGAGGAUGACGGGCCGGCGAGCCAGUUGCGCGAUAAUUUGGGAUUGGGUUAA